AUGUCUGACUUCACGCAACUAGUGGCCGACUGCAAUGUGCCAGCAGCUGUCGCCUCCCUGCUUUCAGCAUUCGAUGUUGCUUUGUUUGCCCGGUCCUGCACCACUUCGGCAGAGCUUGAAGAGUUGGUGAACCACUUUCUGGCUGAAGCCUCAGUUACUGAUGCAGCUGAGCGCUUUAUCACCAACGCUUCGCUUCGCUUGCUUUUUUGCAAAUGCCGAACGUCAGAGGGCAUGGCAUCCUUGGAAGCCGCUCCCACUCCCACCACACAGCUUGGGGACGGGCUUCCAGCUGCUACCCCGGCUCCCCCGGCCACGCCUCCACUUUCCAGCUCUUGGCAAGAGGCUUGGCCUGCGAAGCUGAGUGGGGAGCGAACCGCGGCGCUUAGGAAGAGGUUCGAGGAGGACUACCCCACUGAACUUCUUGACGCCGAGAGCUUUCCAAGCGCCCGCUUAUUGGCCCUCACCAAUAAGAUGCUUUCCGACAAGGAGGUGCGAUGGAUUCCUUGGAAGUACCGCUUAAGCGCUCGUGCUCAAGAAGACAGUCUCCUCGUUCGGCCCAGGAAACAGGCCCGCUUUGACCUAACAGAGCUUUUUCUGGACGAGGCACCUACACGUGACAUACAUGAAGGCCCCGCUUCCUUUGGCCUCGUCACUCAGCUUCUGUCACUGGCUGCUAAUGCCAUUGCGCUCUGUCAAGGUGCACAUCUGGGCUCUCUGAAGCUUUAUAAUAAACGCUUCAUGAGGAUCUGCUUCACGAAGUACGAGGCCGCCGCCAGCUUACGAGGUCCCACUACCAUGGAAGCCCAGGCCGCCGACCGCCGCUGUUGGGAAAUCAUCGCCGACUUAGUCAAUGUGCACCACUGGAAGUUGGACGAUGCGCUUCACGAAGUGGCCGAAGUGCGCUCUGACAUGCACAGCCUGCUUGCACCAAGGCCCUUCAUUCCCAAACCUAAGUUCGACCUGGACAACAGCUGGAAGGCCCGCUUUACAGGCAACGGUCGAGGCAGCAAAGGCGGUGGCCGCGGCGGCAAAGGCCGUGACGGCAAAGGCGAGAAGGGCGAGCGCUUUGAGAGAGGGGGUAAAGGUGGCAAGGGCAAGGACAACAAGCAAGCCACCCCCCCCGGCAAGUGGCUUUCCACCCUCUUCAUGGAUGGCAAACGUCAGACGCUUUGCAUGAGGUACCAGAGCGGGCAGUGCAAGGACCCAGCCACAUGCCGCUACUUGCACAGAUGCGCAGAAACCCACUUCAGCGAGCUGCGGGACAUCGCUGAGGAGGUCACGACCGUCCCGCUUAGUGUGCCGGCACAACCGUCAGGCUCAGCAGGGGCCACUUCGGCACUGCCCAAGGCACGUGCCCCAGUCUCCGAUGCAGCAUCGGCACUCAGUGAAGGCUCACUCGACUUCGCUACUUGCUUGGAGCUUCUAGCGCAGUACUUUUCCAUUCCCUUCGCUUCUUCCCCUCACUGCCCUGACAAUGCCAUUGCAGUCUCUGAAGCAUAUUUCAAUUUGGGGGCUUUCGCUUUUGACAAUGGCGCCAGGUCGGGCAUCUUUCAGCGUACUGAGCAAUUUUCAGACGUCCUUCGAUUCUUGAACGCUUUUAUGCAGCUGCAGUUCCCCGAAGCAUCAUGGAGCUCCCUCUGCGUCAGCCACAACGUUCGCACCCGCUUACACACAGAUUCUGGCAACGCUGCAGGGUCUCUGAAUCACACAGUUUCAGUUUCACUUGGCAACUUCAGCGGCGGCGAGGUUUGGCUUUGCCCCGCUUUGAACCAGGCGGCUUCUCAGGUACCAGCCCCCUUGGAUGCCUCAUCCGAGGCGCACAGUGCAUCUGAAGCGGGUACAGGCGAGGUGCGCGACACUUGGCACGCUCCGCUCUCCUUCAGCUGUGAAACACUUCACUGUACGCUUCCGAUACAAGGAGACCGGUGGGUAUUGACUGCCUACACUUGCAAGAGCCUAGACCGCUUUGAUGCAACGUCCCUGGCACACCUGAGGUCUCUGGGCUUCCCGCUGCCGCCGGCAACCCCAGGCCACCCGCAGUCAAUACAUCCCCCGCUCAAGGACACGACAUGUGUGGAGCUCUUCCUGGACAUAUGCUGCGGGGCCGCUCACCCACUUACCACGGCGAUGUCUUCAUGCGGCAUCACUUGUCUGCCCAUAGAUAUACUGGGCGAGGAGCAACUCGACCUGCUCAACGACGACACCUACGACCACUUGCUUCGGCUGUGCUUUGCUGGUAUUGUCCGCUUAGCUCACGGAUCGCCGCCCUGCAAGGAAUACUCCCGCUUGAAGCUUCGUCCAGGUGGACCCCCAGCCAUUCGAUCGCCGGAUCACCUUAAUGGCCUGCCAGGGAACACCGCUUCACAGCAGGACAUGCUUUCUGAAAUACAAGCUUCACUGGUCAACAUCCCGGCAUGUUCAGUGGGCCAUCAGUCCGUCGCAGGAGCCAGGGACGAACACGGGAACUUUUUGUCUCAGCGAACGGCGGAGUACCCGGCCCAGCUUGCCGAGAAGUUUUCAGAAAAAGCAAGGCACUUGUUUUCUUCGGCAAGACCCGCUUAUUCGGUGGCACCCUGCUCCUUGAAGUUCGCACUGGCCUCAGUUCCCAAAAAGCCGCGUUCCUCAACGCCCACAGCAGCACAGGAUGGCGGGGGCAUCUAUUCUCUGCCCGACUGGUCCCUGGGCCCAAGGUAUCAGUCCGACAGCUUACACGACCUGCGAAAGGACUGGAACUUCUCAGUGCAAGAAGGCCAACCCUACUGCUUGUCGGCACUGGAGCGCUUGAGUACUAUGCUGGGUGACAAGGACACUUCCCUCUUCCCAGCUUUGCAGAAGGGCGUGGAGGAAUGUCUUCGGCACCGACUUGUCAGCCGCAAACAGCUGGACAAACUGCUAGGUCUGCUUCAGUGGAUUUUACAUGGUCUCCCCGCUUUACGCCCCUGGCUAUGCACUCUGUAUGAUGACAUGCAUAGACCACUUGGCACCAAUGUCAGCAUCAGCCCAGUCGUUUGGCCAGGCAUCCACUCUUACUUGGACGACAAGCUUCGCUUCACAGGCCACUUCGUCCACCACCUACCAGCCGCAGACGCUUUCGGCAAGGGCAAUGAUUGCGGCGUGGGAGGAUGGCUCCUCCUCCCCAGUGGUCGCCUGCUUUGGUUCGCUCACCGCUACACUGUCAAAGACUUCCUGGACUUAGGUCUGCCCAUGCAACCAGACGCCAACUUGGACAUCUCCAGCUACGAGACAUUGGCACAGUGCUUUGUGCUUUUGGCUUUUUGGAAAGCCCAUGGUUCCGGUCGCUUGGCUUUGACAUUACCAGCUUUGAGCGAUAACAGUGGUGCAGAGUCAGUGUGUAAUAAGCUUUACACCUCCAAAGUACCACUUAAUCUUUUUGUUCGCAAGCUUUCGAUGUGGAGCUCGAUUACCGGUGUCACUCUGGACUGCAGCCAUAUAGCUGGGGAGAAGAACGACGACGCAGACCUGCUUUCGCGCUGGGACGGCCUCACCGAACUUCCAGACAAGUUCCUGCCGUCAAACCGCAUCGAACUCUCGCUUUCUGAGUUCUGGCUCAUACGCUUUCAAGUGACACUUUUUCCCGCUGACGUAUUUUUAAAAUGGCAGCUUCCGUCAGCUGCCAGCCUGGGCCCAACAAACCGUGGCUCCAAUAAGCGCAAGUAG